AAACCAGCACCUUUCUUUUUCUUCAGUUUUUCUCUCUCACCACCUGUCUUAUCUGUCACUGCUCUGUGUUCAAAAACUCGUUAUGGCAUAAGGUCUGAUCAUCAUUCACUAGUCUCGAUUCAGAUCAACUUUCACUGAGGCAGGUCAUUUGGAGAUGGCUACCUAUUCGUUCCAGGGUAGAAUGUGAGGGAUGGUGUUUGCGAAAGAGCUUAUUCGAAGAGGUUAUAAGUUCAUCAGAUUGUCAUCUUCCAUUCCUGAAUAUGGAGGAUGAGAAUGGGCUUGAGCUUAGUUUGGGUCUGGGUUGUGGUGGAUCAUCUUCCAAAUCCAAAGGUAAAAAUGGCAGCUCUUCAGAUACUAGGAUGGAUAAAGGUGAUAGAGGCAACAAAUUGGUAGAUGAUUUUAUAAAUUUUCUUCAUGGUACUACUACCCAGAAGCAAGAUUCAAGUGCUCGAUCUCAAAGAAGUGAUUCAGUGAAACCUCAAGAGAUGUUCUUCAAUGACCUUACCAAGAACAAUGCUGAAGCAAAUGCUUCUAUUAGCUUGAACAGUAGGGGGCUGUGGGUUUCAAGCACCAAUAGAUCUGCAGAAAAUGAUGAAGAAAAAAGACCAGACCUGGGUAACAAGCGUAAACUGUUAUUUGAUGAGUUAAAUAAUCAGAAGAAGCACGAGAGAGAUGCUCAUCAUGCUGAUUUACAUGACAAGAAAUCACUUAUUUUAAUAACCACAGAAGAUGGCUCAACUGCUGAAAAUGAAGCUUUGGCAGAGUCUGAAGUUGAGGGUUCCACCUCAAGGCUGGCUUCUCACCAUGAUAAUGGUGCGAAACAGUUUAUUGGAGUUGGAGGUCCACCUGAGGUUACAAAGGAGGUUCGUGGAUUUUCUGAUUCAAGUGUUGUGGAGUUACAAGGACAAAGGAGGCUCAAUGGUUCUCCAGAAAAUGAAUUCAAGCAGGGAAACUUAAAUUAUGGAGUUCCAUUCUCAGUCCAACCAGUAAGCAUCAUGAAUGUGCCUUACUCAUUUCCUGUGAAUAAGCCUAACUCUGUAGGUGCGCCCAGCACUUCAGGCCAUCCAAUAACAGGCAUGAUUCAGGUGUUGCCUACUUCAAAUGGUGAGCAGCGAACAGGGAAGCAAUCUGUGAAUCCUGGAAAUUUGCAAGUUAUGUUUGGCUAUUCCCCAGUCCAGCUUCCAACAUUGGAUAAAGAUAAUUCCUGGGGCUUGAUCUCUCAUAUUCAACAGUUCCCUGCUUCCUAUACUGGCAGAGCUCUGUCAAAUGCAGAGAAGCAGAAUGAUGGGCUGAAGAUUUCUCAAGCAGCCAUGCAAGCUAUUGCUCGAAAUUUGACUGAAGUUGAACAACAUGAAGGGAGCACAUUGGGACAGGCCAAAGGCAACAGCAAACAACUUAUUGUAGAGGUAGGCUCCUCUUUUCAUACUGAAGAUGAUGCGAAAGGAAGCACCAUGAACCUUAGGCCAAAGGAUGCACCCAAACAAUCAACAGCAGAAACACUCUGUUUUGAUUUUUCAGCCAUAAAGCCAGGUAUUGGCCCAGCCAUGAAAUUUGGGGGAUGUGGUUCGUAUCCAAAUUUGCCAUGGGUAUCUACCACAUUGCCUGGCCCAAAUGGCAGGACGAUUUCUGGUGUUACCUACAAAUACAGUGCAAAUCAAAUCAGGAUUGUUUGUGCCUGUCAUGGUUCCCACAUGUCCCCUGAGGAGUUUGUUCGACAUGCAAGUGAAGAGAAUGCUAAUCCAGGUAAUGGCAACGGGUUAGCAACAUUCCCAGGAACCAAUCCUGCUGCCUCUACUCAGAGCUGAAGUGUACCAUUUUGUCCACCCAGACAAAUGAGCCGGAGUGAAGCAUAGUCUGCAGAUGACUCUGUAUACCUUUUGUGACCUCCGCCCAUGUUUUUGCUUUACUUGAUCACUGAUUUAUUUUCAGCUACAUUGGUUACUGCAAUCAAAUAGUGCAGUUGUAUGAUAUUCAGUGGUCUUGCUUCUUUUCUGUUCAAACAGUACGUUAAAUUACUUAAAUUUAAAUUUCCUUCUUUUUGUCUUGG